GUCUCGACUCUCGAUGCUUGCAAUGCCAACAAAAGAACUCCGUGCAGGCUACCAUGCUGCUAGUCACACAGAAAAUUGAGCAGCAUGGUCUUUUUUGCUUCGACUCUGACUUGAUCUGUCCUGAUAAACCCCCCCUCCGACUGCAGUUUUUCCCACCACCAUGGCCGAUAAUAAGGGCAUGAUGCAGGAAUCAAGCAAGACAGCACAAGAGGAUGGGAUCGAAUUAUCGACUCCUUUCAAGCAUCGAAACGAGUCGAAAAUCGAAGCCGUCGAGGUUGAGGAUGACCUUCCCUAUCCAGAGGUGCGAGCGAGUAUCCCCGCGACGGACGAGGAUUUGCCUGUCAACACUUUUCGCGCGUGGUUUUUGGGCAUCAUCGGAACGAUGAUUCUCACGGCCCUGAACCAGUUCUUUCAGCUCCACAGCCCGCCUCUCUUCCUUUCCGCAUAUCUCGCGAUCCUCAUCACAUAUCCUUGUGGAAAAUUCAUGGCGACUAUCUUGCCGCAGAGAACAUGGACAGUGCUAGGCUGGCAAUUUACCCUCAACCCCGGCCCUUUCAACCAAAAGGAACAUUCGAUCGUGGCUAUCAUGGCUUCCCUUGUGACGGCUUUUGACAACGGAUCUCUCGCCUCGGACGUUUAUGUUGGCUUUGAAAAAUUUCUGGACAUACCCAUUUCCGUUGGUUAUCGGUUUAUGUUUCUUCUCACAACUCAGGCUUUGAGCUUCGGCAUUGCGGGACUCUUCCACAGGUUUCUUGUUGAGCCGGCCUUUUGCGUGUGGCCAGGAGCUUUGCCGACUUGCUCGCUUUUAUACACUUUUCACGACGGAAACGCCAAAGGCGAGGUGGCAAACGGUUGGAAAAUGGGUCGCAUGAGGUUCUUCUCUAUUGUUGCAAUUUGCGCUACAGCCUAUCAGUUUCUUCCUGGAUAUCUUUUCACCGGCCUCACGACAUUUGCAUGGAUAACGUGGAUUGUCCCAAAUAAUGUCACGGUCAAUCAGGUUUUCGGAGCGACUUCGGGGAUGGAUCUAUUACCGAUGACACUGGACUGGAAUCAGAUCACAGGCUAUCUGGGAUCUCCUCUUCUCGUACCAAAUUGGGCACUGGUUAAUGUCUUCUGUGGAAGUAUACUGUUUCUGUGGAUUAUUGCCCCUGCCCUGCAUUGGAGUAAUGUGUGGCAGGGCAUGUACAUGCCUUUCUCGUCGUCUGGUAAUUUUGACAACACAGGAAACUCAUACAAUACUAGCCGUGUCAUGCAAAAAGACUAUUCUCUAAAUGAAUCUGCCUAUUACGACUACUCACCAGUAUAUCUUUCCACCACAUCAGCACUUUCAUAUGGCUUAGGCUUUGCUGCCGUGAUAUCCAUCAUUGUCCAUACAAUUCUUUACCACCGCCAAGUAGUUUGGAAUGGCUUAAUAGCCAGCAUCGGAAGGUCUUCCAAGCCCGAAAAGUCUGAUAUUCACUUCAAGCUGAUGCAAAAGUACAAAGAAGUUCCGAUGUGGUGGUAUGCAAGUGUUUUUCUCGGUAUGUUCGGUAUCAGCAUUGCGUUCCUUUAUGUGUACGACACCGGACUCCCAUGGUAUGGAUUUAUUCUUGCCAUUGCUCUUAAUAUUGUGCUCCUGGUGCCAACCGGUAUUAUGAUGGCGAUCUGCAAUAUCCAACUAUCAACAGCUGUGAUAUCAGCUGUUAUAGCGGGUUACAUUUGGCCGGGAAAGAUGAUGAACAAUGUUGUUUUCAAGAUCUUUACUCUUGUUUCAUCUAGCCAAGGGUUGGGAUAUAUCCGAGAUAUGAAAAUUGGUCAUUAUAUGAAAAUCCCACCUCGUGUCACAUUUGCAGCUCAAUGUGCUGGAAUAAUAGUGUCUUGGUUAACGCAGACUGCGGUCAAUAUUUGGGCCAUGGGUAAUAUCGACGGUAUCUGCACUUCAGACGCCAAGGACAAUUUCCAAUGCCCUCUUGCCGCAGGUUAUGCCACCAACGCCGUAUUUUGGGGACUCAUAGGACCGAAAAGACUCUUUUCCGAAGGCUCCAUGUAUCGCCCGAUGCUGUGGUUUUUUUUAAUCGGCGCCGUCCUACCCAUAAUCUUCUAUUUUGUGGAUAAACGCUACCCAAAGACAAUGUUGAGAAAGGUUCAUCUACCUGCAAUCUUUGCAUCAACAGCAUCAAUCCCACCAGCAACUGCAGCAAAUUAUAUGGCAUGGGGACUUGUUGGCCUAUUCUUCAACGGCUAUCUACAGCGCAAAUAUCGCGCCUGGUGGAUGAAAUACAACUACAUCCUCUCUGCCGCAUUGGAUGCUGGACUGGCUGUUGGGACUUUUUUUAUUUUCUUUUGCCUCUCGUAUCCUGGAGUCAAUCUUAGUUGGUAUGGUAAUAAUAUCGCGACGCAGACUGCAGAUGGGAUGGGGACGCCAUUGCGAACAGUUCAGCAAGGAGAGACCUUUGGGCCUAGCACAUGGCAUUAAUGUAUAUAGUAUUAAACAGUAUACCUAUCCAUAUUUGAUAUAUACGAGUCUCAACAUUUUCAUUCUUAUCUAACCCAG